AUGGCCAACCCAAACGACCCGCCUCUGGACGAGAUCCAAUGGCGCGCCCCCGACAUCGCAGCCUCGAUGCAGGGCAUCCACUCCAACAGUGUGCUCUUCUACUUUGCCGAGUCGCCCUUUUUCGACCGUCAGUCCAAUAACGCCGUCAUCACGAACCAGGCCAUGUUCAACCCGGCCCUUCUCAAGAACCUCGCCACGCGCGAAGCCUUCGAGAGCGAGCUCGACAAGAUGGCCGGGCUCGAGUUCAGGGUCCUGCACGCGCCCGCCGACAUGGUCAUGGGCACGGGCGUGUGGACGAUUGUGAAGCAGACGAGGCAGAAGAACCUCGACCGCGGGCGGAUGGAGACUAAGCCUCUGGCAUAUUACUUUGUCGUCGGGGAGAAUAUCUAUCAGGCGCCGACGCUGGGCGAUCUUCUCAGUUCGAGGAUUGAAUCAAUCGCCGAAUCAAUGAGAAAGGUUCUUCCCGCGGCCGACAGCGUACGCAAGUGGACGCCCUCCCUAGGCCAUGUCUAUACCCAACCGACGCCCCCCUCAGCCCUCGCCCGCGCGAAAGAUGGAGCAGCAGCAGCAGCAGCAGCAGACACACCCGCCGCCGAAGGCGCAACGAAUGGUACCAAGAACUUGGCGGGCGCCAAAUCAGGCAGCAACGGCAAAAAGGACUCGACGGCCAACGCGCUGGACAGGCUGGCAGAGGAGUCCUUUGCGAUCCACAUGCGCCACGGCGGCGACUACUUUGACGAGAACCCAAUCACGGGCAGGCCCGGCGACUUCCACUUUGCGAGCACGGGGCGCAAGGACAAGAUUGCGCCGCCGCCGCCGCCAUCGCAGGCUUCGCAGGCGCAACCUAAGCCGGUGAUCAAUACUAAGCUGGCGGAGGAGGCCAAGAAGGAGGGGAAGGAGGGCAAGAGCCCCAAGACGCCCAACGGGCCAAAGCCCAAGAGGAAGAAGAGCAAGAUUGCGACGCCGGCUACGACGCCUGGUCCGUCUUCGUGA